CGCCGGAGACCGCAGUCGCGUGCCAUAUCAUAUCCACCGUGUUCGGCCGACAGAUCUGCGCCGCUUGUGUGCCGUAUCGUAAAGCGAUCGAUAUCGUCGUAUUUUUCGUUAUAAUAUCAUUUCAACAGUCGUACACCAUUAUUAUUAAAAUCGCAUCGCAGUAAUAGUGUGCUGCAGUGUGAUUGUCCGACCGUCAUCGCCCGGUCGACGCACCCGCGCGAUUCACCCUCCGCAGUAUAUACACCAGACACCUGACGGACGUCCGCGCGCACAGAAGACUGCGAUAAAAAUAUAUUGAUUCGUACACGCCCUCCGGACUUUACCUGCAAGUAUCGAUAUCGACAGGUUGUGAUGAAAUGAGUUUGGUGGUGUAUUCAAGGUCAGAACAUGUCCGUUUGCGAUUGCUGGGCCAGUUUCAAGUUUUCUCAAAUUAUUUUGUGUCUGAGCUGUCUGCUCUAUAAGAGAUGGUCGGACGCAGAAGCCACCAGACUGUUUUAUUUCUUCGAGAAGUCGUCCAGGGAAUGGCCUUUGCUGAACAACAUCACCAGGAACGGAGCCGGGUCUCUGUUCGCGGAUGUGACUUUUGGCGGUUACAUAAUAAUAUGUGUGGCGCUGUACAUAGCGUACUUGAUGGGCGAGCUGAAGAACAGCAAGAAAACUGAAUCGUUUCUGUUGGUCAUCGGCGCGGCACUGUUCAUCGCCGUCGGCUGUCUGGUGUUGACAGCCGUGGACAGCGUGCCCGGGAACCUGGUUGUCAACGCGCUCGUGCUGGGCACCCUGUCCAUAGUGACGGGCAUGGUGUUCGUGCUGGACACGUGUCUGUCGAACAGGCGGAACGACAAGGAGUCGCACCUGUUGCCGAAGAACACUCGGUACGGCGAUAUUGCGCGCACUAGGGCCGCCGUCGACGGCGCGGUGCACGCGAACGGGACGAACGGAGUGCACGCGAACGGGACGAACGGAGUGCACGCAAACGGGACGAACGGAGUGCACGCGAACGGGACGAACGGAGUGCACGUCAAUGGGACGAACGGCAUGCUGAAGCGGGAGACGGCGGUGGAGAACAAGCAGAAAAACGGCUUGCUGCGGACGGCCGCAAACGGCCGGACGGUGGAGACCAAGAACGAGAGCGUUCAGACGACGACAAGCAGGAACCGCGGGCGACCAGACGAAGACGCCGACGACGACGUCGACGGGGCGGCCACACUUCAGUAUGGUCGCAGGUACUUGGACGACCGCGGGUUCGACGUGGGACACGGACACAGGCACGCCGAGUGGUACGACACGGACAUGGACUUGCCCAAAAUGAAGAAACUCGAGAUCAACGUGCCAGCCGAGGAAUCUCCGGAUUACCGUCGCAGAUUUGUAAACGUUAAGAGCAGUGUUAAACUACAAUCCCCUAGCAUUACGAGCACUGUGCACAAUCAACAGGAAAGUCCAAAGGAGGAAAAUGAGCAUGAAGUGAAAAAUGCUAGAGUACCGUAUGUUUUUUCAGAAAAAAAGAGACCAACUAGACCUACCGAUCUACCCUUGAAAUCCCCCGUGGAGAGAGUGAAUGAUUCGUUACAAAAAUCAGUGAAAAGUAGAUUUUACUUUGGGGCGAACACGGAAGAGCCUAAAUCGCCAAAUGAUCCAGGCUAUGUGCUGCACACAGCGUCAAGAUGGGAAGAACAACCUGCAGCAGCCGUGCCACAAAAUGGAUACAAAAACUUUAAAAGAAGUCAAGUAUAAUCCAUUUUUAAAAAUUUUCUUUCAGGAUCUUUGGGAGAAUUUUCUUCUUCAAGUACGUGUUGGGUUGGAUCAAAUGAUUCCUUAUCGUAUUCUUUAGUACCCAAAAUAUUUGUACCUCUAAUUCUGACAACGG